AUGGAGACAGAGUUUGUGGAAACAAUGUGUCAACUGGAGCGCUUCUUCCCUCCAGCCCUUUUUGAUAUCAUGUUCCACCUUCCAAUACAUCUAUCAAAAGAGGCACGCUUGGGAGGACCAGUACACUUCCGCUGGAUGUAUCCCUUCGAAAGGUACAUGAAAACACUAAAGGCUUUUGUUAAGAAUUAUACAAGGCCAGAAGCAUGUAUGGCUGAGGCGUAUUUAGUUGGAGAAUGCGUUGCAUUUUGUUUAGAGUUCCUUAAAGAUUCAGUACCAGUUCAAGAAGCAGUUAAUCGUAAUGAAGAUGUUGAGGCUGACAGAAUGGUGGUUGAAGGCCGACCUCUGCAGAAGGGUAUAGAGGUUACCCUUUCAGAUAAAGAUAGAGACAUUGCACAUCGCUAUGUGCUAAUGAACAUGACAUCUUUGGAUCCCUUUCUUGAGAUGCAUUUGGAAGAGUUACAAGCUAAGGAUGCUCGAUUUGCUAGAAAUGAAACUUUGUUAUGGAAAAACCAUAAUGAGAACUUUGCAGAAUGGCUUAAAAAUAAGCAGAUUCAUUCAGACUCAACAGAUAGUCAUUCUAAGGAGAUAAGGUGGUUGGCAUUUGGACCAAGAAAUGUUGCUUUAGCACAUAAAGGAUUCAUCAUCAAUGGCCAACGGUUUCAUACUGAUGCGGUCAAGCUGAAGACACAAAACAGUGGAGUAACUUAUGAAGCCUUUAGCAUGUGUAGAUCAAGUGCUCGAGAUAUGAGACAGGUCGCUGAUAUGCUUACAUACUAUGGAGUGAUAAAGGAGAUUUUACUCAUCGACUAUCACAUGUUCAAAGUGCCACUGUUUAGAUGCAACUGGGCAAACACAAGGAAUGGUGCGAAGGAAGAAGAUGGCUUCACUCUUGUUAACCUUCAUAUGAACCAAGUAGCCUAUUUGAAAGAUCCAUUCAUUCUACCUUCUCAAGCGAAACAGGUUUUCUACUCUAGGGAGGAUGAUAAUUCAAAUUGGUAUGUUGUUAUGAGAGCACCACCUAGAGGUUAUCAUGAGUUGGAAACAGAAGAGGAUUUAGUUGGUGCACCUUUGCAUGUCCAAGAAGUUGAUGAUAUGGUUGAUGAAGCUUCGGAUGAUGAUAGUGUUUAUGUUAGGGAUAAUUGUGAAGGUUUAUUAGUGGUAGAUUGA